AUGGACAUGACUGGAUCCUUUGUUAUUUUGAAUGUUACAAGUUCGAUCAUCAAGUCUUUAAGACAAAUGCAUAGACUUUCUGUGUGCCUGAGAAAGUGUCGAAUUCCAGAAGAACUUGCAGGAAAAUACAACAGGAGCCCUAAGACUCCCUUCUCUGACCUCCCUGAUGAUGAGAAGAUCUUUAACGGAGGCGAUGGCAUGUGGCAGAGCCAGAACCAGGAUCAAGCCUUGCUCUCAGAGAUCACAGAAGAGGACCUGGAGGCCAUACGUCAGCGGGAAGAGGCCAUUCAGCAGAUUGAGAGUGACAUGUUGGAUGUGAACCAGAUCAUUAAAGACUUGGCCUCCAUGGUUCAUGAGCAAGGAGAUACAAUAGAUAGUAUCGAAGCCAACAUUGAGACUGCAUCAUCUAAUGUAGAAUCAGCCAAUGAGCAGUUGGCAAAAGCCAGUCAGCACCAA